AUGUUAGGAAAGAGAAACAAGAGACAAAAAGUAGCUCAAGAAAAGUUCAUUAAUGAAUAACUUGAAAAACUCUAAAACCCAGAAUAGGAUUAGUAGCAGCUCAAUUCAAAUGACGAUCCUUAUCACAAAUAUUUGAAAUUACUAAACAAAGACAAGAACAUUAAAGGGAAAGAGAGCAUAUAAGAGGCUUUGAAGCAAAAUCAUUUGGCAAAUAAAAAAAGGAAUGAGCAGGAUGAGAGCAUAUAGAAAUUCCUAAACGCUUGUGAAGAUAGAUAAAAACUUGAAUUCAAAGUAAUUCCGUCAUACAGAAACUAUUACUUGGAAAAGCAGGCAAAUUAGAAAAUAGAGAAUAUCAAGAAAAUAGUGAAAUUGGAGCAUCAGACACUCUAAAUGCAGACCAAAUAUUUCCCCUUAGUUGAAAUGAAAUCUAACUAGGGCUAAGAUUUGGAAGCUAAAGGGCUUAACUUCGAACUAGCACAAUAACUAUUGAAUAAUACUGCUUUUCAUAAAGAGACAUUAGAAAGAAUAGGCUUAAUGAAAGACUUUUCACUUUACAAGGAGAGUGAAUAUUAAACUAAUCUUGAAAAAUCGUCUAGAAAUACUAAGUCAGCCAAUCAAAACUAGAACCUAAUAAAGAUAAUGGGUUUAGAGUUGUUUAACUUAAUUAGGACUGGUUAAGACAUUAGAGUAGAAUAUGAUAAUGGUGAAGAGCUUAAAAGAAUGAGAGAAACAUAUGUGUUGCACAUACUUGAUUAUCUUCUAUAAGACAGAGAAAGAAUUCAUAGAAAUGACAAGAAAAUUCUAUAGGAGACUUAAAAAGAUAGAAUUACUCUUGAAAAUGUGUUUGAACUAGCUUAGAACCAGAAUGGGCUUGAAGAGAAAAGCGAAUCAGAAGAAGAUGAGCAAGAUAAAGAAGCUAUUGACUAAUAAAUUUAAGAAAAGAAACCAUAACUUGAUCAAUCUGAUUUUGUCAAGUAAGUUAACACAGAGCAUGUACAGGAUGUAUUGAAGGAAGAGAUGAAAGAUCAAGGUUUCACUAGACCAAAAAUAUUAAUUCUCACACCAUUCAAACAGAUGGCUUAUUAAAUCGUAGAGAUGAUUGUAAUGUUUCUUAAUGGAGGUAAAUGGAAGAAAGUCUCUAAAAAGAAGAAGUUUAGAGAGGAAUUCGGCUCUGAAGAGGAGGCUUUUAAUGAUUAUUUUAAGAUCGGAAUCGCUAUAAAUCACUCUAAGAAAAAUGACAAGAUGAGUCUUAAGAUCUAUGAGCAGUUUUACGAGUCAGAUAUAAUCAUAGCUUCCCCUCUUGGCUUAAGAAUGAUAACUGGGCAAGAUGACGAUGAAAAUGCCUAGAAAUAGUCUAGAGUUGAUUUUGAUUUCCUUAGUUCAAUCGAAUAUCUGAUAAUGGACCAAGCUGAGGCUUUUGUAUUCUAAAAUGUAGAGCAUCUAGAGGAAAUUUUGAAAGUAUUAAAUAGAAUGCCAAAGAAGCUAACAUAACUUAAUGACAUCAGUAGGAUUAUGGAUAUAUACACAUCAGAAGAUAAAAUCUUCCAGAAGGUGAGAUAAAACAUAGUGAUCUCUAAAUUCAGAAAUCUCGACAUUGAAUACUGCUUAGAUAAUUAUUGCAACAACAAUAUGUUUGGAAGGAUCAAACUUCAAAGAAUAUAGCCAAACAGAGCCAAGCUUAUGUGUGAAUAGUACUAAUGCAAAAUGACGCUAAGAAGAUUACCUAAUGUUGAAAGCUUUGAGCAUGUUGAUGAUUCAAGAUUUAGCUUCUUUACCAAAAAGAUAUGGGAUAAGUUGUAUGAAAACAAUUAGGGCUAUACUUUGCUAUUUGUUCCAUCUUAUUUCGACUUUGUGAGACUUAGAACUUACUUCAAGAACAAGAAUGCGCAAGUAGCUCUGAUCAGUGAAUACUCAGAGAAGAAGGACUGCCAAAGGAAUAGACAUUACUAUGAAACUGCUGAGAAACCAAUACUAAUGAUCACUGAGAGAGCUCUGAUCUUCGAUAAGAUAAAACUUAGAUAUGCUAGGAAUAUAGUCUUAUAUGGAUUACCUGAGUCACCAGAUACCUUUACUGAUGCGCUAUGUGAGAUCCUGAAUCCUUAAAAUUGGAAGAUUAUGAUGAAACUAAGGCUAAACAAGGCUAAGAUGUCCAAAGAUGAAGGCAAGUCAGAAGAAUAAUUGCUUGAAGAGGCAAGAGCCAUUGUAAAGGAGAAGCAUACCGACAGAUCUAUAGUGGGUCUAUUUAGCAAGUUUGACAAGCUUUAACUAGAGAGAAUCGUAGGCACCAUAAAUUAUUCAAGAUUAAUCAGCAAUGAAGCAAAAGAUUCAUUCAACUUUUGA